CGUGGGUAGCGAGGGGGAAUCCGCCAUUUUCGUGGUUAGGGAGCUCCAUCCGGAUGGUGCUUACAAAUUUCGAUGGAACCGGUGUUGGAUUCGGUUUUGGAGCUGGUUGCGGUUUCGGCGUUGGAUGGGGUUUCGGAGGUAUGCCUUUGAAUUUCCUAGGUCUCGGUGCAGGUGGAGGGUGUGGAGUGGGGCUAGGGCUUGGAUGGGGGUUCGGCACAGGAUUUGGUAGCAAGUACCGAUCUUCUAGAGUUAUUUUUCAGGGCGUCGAUUUCAAUAAAAAAGGUGAAACCGAAGGUACAAAACAAUCAUCUUGACCGGCUUCUCAUGUCUAUUUGUAAGAGCAGCAUUUAAUAAUCUGUGAAAAAAACUUCAAUUCAUUACCUGGAGCAUGUGUCAAUGAAAGUAUGUAUGUGCAAUCGAUGGUUCCGUUGGUUUGUUG